CAUUAAUUUGAGAAAAUUGAGCCAAUCAUGUCAAAGUUCUUUUCCUAUAUUUUCAAACUCCAUACUACGUACAGUAUAUGUUCUCUUCCCCUUUCUAGCCGGAAAGCUUUGUUUCCAGCGUACGUAGCUUAGCUGCCGUCGUCCAGACGUCCACGAUCGCCGGCAACUUGUCACCGGAGUAAGCAAGCCUUUAUACUCUACAAUCUUCAACAAACAUUUUACGCAUUCCAUAUCCAACUUGUUACGACCUUGUGCUUGUUCAUGUUGGAUAUAAGUGCUUCCUUUGUACUUCACUCAAGAGCAAGUAGACUACUAGUCUAUGAUGAUGGGCCAGUUUCUUGCUAUCCUCUUUUGUUUCUCUUUGCAUAGUAUCAUUGCAGUCUCUGAUUCUGGACAUGAGUGGACCAAGAUAGGUUUACAUGAAGCUAGUGGAGAUAGAAACAUCACCACAAAUAUGAAGCAGCAGAAUCCAAAUUUUAGCAACAGAAAAAUCCUUCCACGUGGGGAGUGUACACCAAAGGAUUUGAGCAUUUCACAAAGCACAUAUUCAACAACAGGGAUCCCACAAUAUGUAGUAGAGAUACUGAACACAUGCACAUCAUCAUCUGGUUGUGCCCCAUCCAACAUCCACCUCCACUGUGGCUGGUUUGCCUCUGCUAGAUUAGUGAACCCAAAUGCAUUUAAGAGGCUGUCUUAUGAUGAUUGCUUGGUCAAUGGAGGAAAGGCUAUGAAGGCCAACCAGUUAAUCCGCUUCACCUACUCAAACACAUUCAAGUACCCUCUCUCCCUCAAGUCUGCCAAAUUCUGCUGAUGAUAUGCUUCAGUUUUGGUAGCUUUCUCUGCUGUUGGGGUGUUAGUUAUACAAGGACAAAUUUGGGUUUUCAUAGAUGACAAGUAUAUACUUUCUCCGUCCCUGGAAAAACUUCCAACUUUCCUUUAUCGUCUGUCCCAAUUAAAUUUCCACUUUUCUUUUUUGCUAAAGAAUUUGUAAACAACAUUUCUUACACAUUUAUCUCCUCUACACAACUCUCCGCUACACAAUACUUACUAUCUUAAUUCUCGUGCCAUUUGUACUAUGGAAGUUUUAUUAAGGACAGAGAGAGUACAACUUAACAUUGUUAUACUUAGGUGUUUCACCUAUAUAUUUGUGACACUGACAUAAUAAAAAUGAUGCUCUUUUGAUAACAUUAAA